GACUUUGAAUGACUCGACAAACUCUUGAAUGUCUUUGAAAAAUCCAGCAUCUGAAAGUUUCUCCUGUGCUUCGAACUACAGCCAUUUCAUGGGAUUGCCAUCCUGCUUUUUGUAAAAUGUUUGUUGCUAGUAAGAAAGAUGUGGACGUCAACUGGAGUGAAUUUACGUUGAUUCUGCCGGCUGUUUCAAUAGGAAAUGUGGGUCAGUUAGCAGUGGACCUGGUGGUUUCUUCAAUUUCUCCAAAUGCCCACCAUAUUGGUUAUUUUUAUGAUUCCUGUGUCCUGCCAGUGGUCGGUAAUGAUGCAUUCACUCAGUCAGCAGAAUCUCUGGGGAAGCUUAAUGUUAGUGUAGAAGUGUACAAAAAUGAUGAUCUAAAGUUUGUUGUCGUGCAACAAAGAGCUCCACUUGUAAAGGGUCGUCAGGCUGAAUAUUGCAAAAAACUUGUUAGCUGGAUCAAAUGUUGCAAAUUUAAACAAGUUAUUCUUGUUUCUAGUAUUAGUGCUACAGAACGGCUUGAUUCACAGAUUGAAGGUUCUCCCUUGAGAUAUCUUGUGACACCAGCAGCCAAGAAUCUUCUUCCACUGUUUGAUGGAUUGUCCUGGAAAACACUGGAAAAAAGACCAAAAUUUCCUCACAUGACAGAAGAAUUAUCUGAUGAAAAUAGAGAUUUCUAUCUGCCUGGAGGAGGAAUAACAAAAAAAUUCUAUGAAGCAUGUUGCAAAGACGACGUUCCACUUGCUGUGUUGUUAACAUUCUGCUCUGAGGGUGACAACAUAUCAGAUGCAGUCAAUCUCUUUCUUUACCUCAAUGACUGGCUCAAAAUGGUUCCUAGAAGAGAGGUGGAGCAGAAUGUUUUAGGGAAAACAAGUAAGUACUUGCAAUGGUUAAUCUUCUUACUAGUCCUCUGUAGGAAAAAAGAUGGCAGCUGUACAUUUUGCCAUAAUACCUUGUGAACCUAACACAGCCCAUUAGGCACAAAGACACUGAUCUUUUGCAAUAUCUGUCCCUGUACUAACAACACUAUGCAUGCAGGUUUGAAGGUUCUAGAACUCCCCUGUGCAUAUUUAUGAACAUUGUCAGUGGUUUUUUGUGCUAUGAAUUAUGGGUAAAUGUACCAGUCAUCGUGUUUUUUCCUAUAGAGGAUUGUGUCAUGUCUCCAAAUAUACAACAGGAACAGAUUUUGCCAAUAGGUUUGUUUGUAUUUUGCUGUGUAGGUGUGCUUUAUUUAUUAGAUUAACAGACUUUAAAAUUAUACAAGUUUAAAUUGCACCCCUUUGAGAGCUUGUGUAUACCUAUGGUUAUGUCCACGUAAGGGAAUUUGUGAAAAUAUACAGAGUUUUACCUGUUGUCAAGGUGGCCACAAGAAGAGCUGUCCACUCAUUAGAAUGCCUGCUGAGAGAACUGUGACUUUAAUCAUGGUAUAUCCUUGGUAUACACUCUCUCGCAAAGCUUGUGCAUGUGUAUACUGAGAAAAUAAAAUCAACAAGUUGGAUAUUUCAUAGUAUACAUUCCUUGCCAAAAAAAUUGGACCUUUUGUUUUGGACAGUUAGUUUUUGGACAAUUUUUAUCUCAUUUCGGACAAAUUUCAGACAAAAAAUUUGGACACUUUGCUACAACAUAGCUUAAGGUGGCUGAACACAGUUUUUGAUACCUGUGUUCAUUCACCUUUUUCUUUAAAACCCUUGAUC